AUAAGAGUCAAAUCUACUACACAGUGAGAUGUUAGAGGGUGGUUGAAUAUGAAGUGAAUUUAACUGGAGAUAAAUGAAGAUAAAAACAAACAUUUAAAGUGAGAGUUCUGUCCAUUACUGUACUACAGGGAGGAGAGAAAACAACAAAUACGAAACUCAAGAAAAUGUGUUUUCCUUUGGAGAGACGAGCUCUUUGACAACUAAUCUUUGUCAAACUCAACUUUGACUCGACUGCUUUUUAAUAUUUUUAACUUUUAAACGUUGUCCCGAUUGUUUUAAUCAACUUUUUUUUUAACACGACAAUAGGAUUUAAUCUAAUGAGAUUAGAACCGGCCUCUUGUUUUCUGUUGUGACUCUUUAAACACCAGGUUGUAAACUCUUGUGAAUGUUAGGGGUUUUUCCUAAAGGACAAACAGAAAAUGUGUUUCAUGAAUUUCGCCUCAUGCUCUUUGAAGGAUGAAGGCUUCACUUUAAUAAGGAACUGCAGAAAAAUGUCUGCGUGUCAGCACCAAUGUUUGGCGUCUAAGCAGAAAACGACACCAGACUCCCAGUGCAGCUUAAAAUUUGGAAGCUAAGACGUACAUUAAAAGCAGUGGCAAACAGAAAGAGUGCCUCGCAGUUGAUCUGAGCUGUGUACAAAGGCAGGACUUUAGGGAAAUCAGAAGCUUCAUUAAACUUUCAUAUUGUGUUUCCGUGCACUUGCACUUUCAUCUGAGGUCUGUAUUUAGUUAAGGACCCAAAGUGAGUAAAGUUGGCCUCACCUUGGGAGUGUGGAUUAGAAGAACUGGAGAAGUGAAACAACAGUGUUGUGUGAUAUUUUUUACCAAGUUGUUGGUGAAGUUGAAAAAAAAAACAAAACAGGAUCAUUUGUAUGAGGCCAAUAAAGAAAGAGAAACAGUGAGGAGACAGACGUUACUGCGAGACCGUAAUUCUGUCCUGAAUGAAUUUCACAGCAUUUGAAUAAAGGCUGCACUGAAAUGUAACGUUUGCUGAACUCAGCAGAAAAGAAACGGUUUAUAAAACAUUUUAAAUGUAGCACACAUGCACACAAACAUAAACACGGUUGUUUCCCUACUUUUCCUCCAUUUAAGUCCAGUUUAAGUGAAGUUCAGUUAUAAAAGAGUUAUUGUAGAGUGAAGUAACUCAGUUUACAGGGAUUAUAUUUAAUUACAGCUCCACAAACUGUAGUUAAUAAAUGAAAUUAUUUUCAAUUACUGACCCAGACGUUUGUCACUGUGACCCACUUGACCUUGAUGGUGGCUCGGUUUUUAUGUUCCUCUAAAAGAUGCUAUUUUCUUUCAGUGUUUCCAUUAAAGUUUCUGUCAAUUACUUUCUUGGGGUUUAAGAUCUUUCUGGAUCUUUAGUAGUAAAAGGUCAUGUUGGUCAUUCAGGGGUCAAGCGAUGUUCUUUAACUGUUCUUUCUGCAGCUUGAUAGAACUCAGUCAACACCACGACACCAACAGAUCAAAUAUAAAUCAUGAUAAACCAGGCUGUGACUGUGAGGACCUGGGCUGCAGUCUGACCUGGACAUGAUACCAGUGAGAACCGAGGAUCAAUCAGCAAAUGUUUGUGUAUCUUUGUGCCAGUCUGGAGGUGAAAUUCAACGCCAAUGAAUAGCAAUUAUUUGUUGUGUCCUUAGUUAACAAACCGACUGCUUCUGUGGGACAGUUCUGACCACAAACACGAAGGAACAAAGUCAAUGUUUGGUAUUCUCUAUUUUUCAGGGUUCGUCUACAUUUGCUACAUUAACCCUUAAUAAAGAAGAUUCAUUAUCACAAAGAGAAAUAGUUUCUGCCUGUAACAAAAAAUAAAUAAAAAAAAUGUGUCAUGUUACUGAUUUCAGUUGUCCCUUUUUCCUCUCCUGUUCUGCAGAUCUUGACACACCAGUCCUGACUGUACACCAGACCAUCAGUGAUGUGCGUGGCAGUUAUUACCAGGAGAAGACAGUGUUUCUGCGCUGCACGGUCAACUCUAACCCUCCUGCAAGAUUUAUCUGGAAACGUGGGAGCAUGCUUAUCGAACAGAGCAAGGACAACGGAGUGGACAUCUACGAGCCGCUUUACACCCAGGGUGAGACCAAGGUGUUGAAGCUGAAAAAUCUCCGACCCAAGGAUCUGGCCGAUUACACCUGCCAGGUGUCUGUCCGCAACGUGUGUAACAUCGAGGACAAGUCCGUCACUUUCAGGCUCACAAAUGCAACCGCUCCUCCGAUGAUCCGUCUGUCCGUCGAUGACGCCGUGGUGGUCGAUCCUGGCCAGGACGUGGUCCUGACCUGCGAGGUGAUCGCGGGUUUUCCAUCUCCAAACGUGACAUGGACACGUUACCCCGGGCCUCUGCCCCUCAGCGCCCAGGUCAGAGGCAGAUCGCUGACUCUGAGGGCGGUGACUCCGAGCGACGCAGGGUUUUACAACUGCACGGCUGUGAACAACGUGGGAAACCCCGCACGAAAGAACGUCAAUCUGGUUGUCAGGACGAUGAACAACCUGACCUUCCAGAUCACACCGGACUCCAACAAGGACAGUGAAACCAUCCAGAUGGGUCGCGACCUUAAGCUGUCCUGCCACGUGGAUGCCACCCCGCAGGACAAGGUCAACUACACCUGGUACAAGAACGGUGCGCUCAUCUACAACUCGGACAACCUGAUAUUGCUGCGCAGCGACCCGGACAUGGCCCCGGGAACCAGCAGUUUGGAGAUCGUAGACAUGAAGUUCAGAGACUUGGCCACCUACAGCUGCGUGGCAAACUUCCCCGGCAGCAGAGUUCCAGAGCUGCGUGUGGACGUGAACAUCUCCCAGAACAGUGUGUCCCCUCCAGUGCUGACAGUUCCACCUGGAAGUCAGGUGGUCAGUGUGCGAGAGGGGGGUGUCGCUGAGCUGCUGUGCAUGAUAGUGGACGGCAAACCUCGCCCACCUGUGCUGUGGUCACGGACAGAGAAGGACCUGCUCAUGCCGUCGGGUCAGCCGGUGGUGGAGACGCCUGACGGUCGCCUGAGACUAAGGAACGUCACCCGGGACAUGAUGGGGGCGUACCGCUGCCAGACCGCUCCGUACAACGGGCUGAACAUCAAACGCAGAGAGGCACAGGUCCAGCUCAAUGUUCAGUAUUCACCAAUACUGGACCCCGUUUUCCAGGACGUGCGUUCUAGAAACUCCCAGAUGGUGACGCUGAGGUGCACGAUCCUGAGGGCCAACCCACCGCGUCUGACCGACAUCCGCUGGUAUCGCAACGGCGAGAUCAUUCGCAUGCCCAUGCCCGACCUGAAGGAGACGCCGGAGCUGAAGUUCAAGCUGGAGCCCCUCAACAACGGCUCUUACGAGUGCAGAGUCAGCAAUUACGCUGGAACGUCAUCGUGUACAUUUAAUGUUUCUGCCAAACCCUACAACGCAGAAUUCUACUUCGACACACCGAACCCAGUCCGGAUCCUGAAAGGAAACAACUAUUCCUACAACCUGCAGUGGACACAGAAAGACCCCGAGGCCACAGACCGCAUCAUAGGCUACUGGAUAAACGUCCGCAAGAAUAAACUGAACCAACUGGUCAAGCAGAUUGACCUCAGGGGGAAGGAGCCAGAGAAGGGCGUCCUGAUGACCUACACCAUCCCUGACCUGCAAAUCCCCGUGUCCUACGAAGUCCGACUGUCCCCCAUCACCACCUUCAGCACCGGCGACUACGUCACUCGAAUCAUUCAGUACUCUGAACCCUACACUUACCCACGGCCUACAGAUCACGUUUGUGGAUUCGAGGACGACCGGAUCUGCGGCUUUUCUCAAGACCGCAGUGACAACUUUGACUGGACCAGACAGAAUCACCUGACUCAGAACCCCAAACGAUCGGCCAACACUGGGCCCGACACCGACCGCAGUGGAACCAAAGAAGGUUUCUACAUGUACAUCGAAGCCUCACAACCACGGGUUCAAGGAGAGAAGGCCCGUCUGAUGUCUCCACUUUUUAACGAGACCCUGUACAGGGGUCCAAAGGGUUCUGGGAGGAUGCCGUACUGCGUCUCCUUCUACUACCACAUGAAGGGCAAACACAUCGGCGCUCUCAACGUGAUUCUCAGAGUCCGGAGCAUCGCCUCUGUGGACUCCAUGGUUUGGUCCAAGUCCGGACCUCAGGGCCCAGACUGGAAGAAGGCGUUCUUUGACGUCAGCCCCAGUGGACCGUUCCAGAUUGUGUUUGAAGGAAUCCGAGGUUCCAGCUUCGAGGGAGACAUCGCCAUCGACGACGUGUCCAUCACUACUGGGAAGUGCAAACAGGAGAACACUGUAGCCAGCGCAGGUAAGACAGUUCUGAUUGGAGGAUCCCACCCACUCCCAUUGGCCAGCGGGCUGACCUUUGGCUCCUCCUGCCUCCUGCUGUUACUCUACAGAUGAUGAGCACUUCUCUCAGCGCCCCCUGGUCUGCACUGUCAGACGCCGCCCUGACCUGGCACUCUUUGCUCCUCUCUCCUUUCCUUCCUCCAUCGUCUCCUUCACUAGACCACUCGCCGGUCUGUCCUACUUACUCUCCAUUCUAUCCUUUACACUUUCCUUUCCGUUUCUGUAGCCCAUAAAUCAUUUCUCACCGUCUUCGCCGACUUCUAACAUUUGGCGUCAGACACGUGGAUAACCCGGCUGACGUUCAAAGUGUAUUUAGGCUGAACCUUCAGCGACGUCACACCCUCGUCUCCUUUGUCUCUCCAUCAACCUGAUCAGAUUUAUGAUAUCCAUAACACGGUGUCACAUUGUCGCCUCCCCCUCUCCUGAACCCACCCUCCCCGACCAUGCCCGUACCCUCUCAUAUAUCUACGCUCCCCAGGACUGCAGAACCUUGACAGCCCAAUUCCCGAGACACACCAAAGUGUCGGACACCCAACCAAAGAUGACAAAAGACCUAAGGGAUUAAAGCAAAGGAACAUGACUUCCAAGAAGAAAGUGAAAGAGAGGUGGAACGCCUGGAAUAUCAUUCUUUUUCACAGAAACUGUCUGUCCUAACCUUUGGGACGCUGGGAGUCGCUGAAUGACAAAGACAGGAGGGAGAACUGUUGAAGGAGCGAGUGAAUGGACGAAUAAAAAAAUAUAUGAAUGAGGAGGAAAGGACAAACCAGAGACAGAGGGAAGAAGAAGAAGAAGGACGCUUCCAGAAGCCUCUUUGUCUGCCCUCUGCUUGCCCCAAGAGACCGACCUCAAUGCGGAUAUACGUGUACAUUUAUCUAUAUAUAAAUAUAUAAACAUAUAGCGAAUAUAACAAAGUUUAAAGUUAAACACAACUAGGGCAGUGGAGGACUUGAAAAAGUGAAGUUAAAGAAGCACAACGUUUUUACAACCUCUGCUGAUGUUUUUGGGUUUGGAUUCUACUUAUGAUGUAAUGUUGCAAUUUGUCAUACUUAAUGUUUUGAUAUUUUGCUUUUGUUUUUUUGUUUAUGACAUUAAGGGUUAAGACCAACGUGUAAUAAAGUGUUAUAAUAUUUAUAAGAGAAAGACAAAGAGUUGUGAUCCCGAAUCAAGCACUUUUGGACGAAAAGCAAGGACGACACCUGGAGAGAAUGUCUGUGUUUCUUUGUGAAACAGUACUGACCACACACACACACACACACACACACACACACAGACACACACAGACACAGUGGUUUUGUCUGUACCAUCCCAGUCUCACACUGUGCCUCAAAAACAUGCCUCAUCUGUAGGGGACACAGAGGAAAUGCUGCGAAUGAAAGAUGCAAUUAUCAUUACCCAGCAUGCAUUUUACAUCAGCGUCUCACUAACGACGUUCCGACUCAUUCUGUUUUCCCCCGACCACUGAAGAAAAGCUGGUCAACAAUAGCAAAAGUGAGAAUAAUGAACUUUAAACACAACGUGAUUCGGCCUCAGACUGAACCGUGAAACGACAUGAAAUGAUGUUGAAAUCUUCUGACAUAAACAGCCAAUUUAUUUAGAAAUAUUUUUCAAUAAACUUCAUCCUGUCACAUCUGGUAAUCUAUGUAACGGUUGCUUUUGAGAGAGCGGUAAAUUCAGUGGAGAAAAAAAACCUUCACAGACGGUAACGUUGGACAGGAUUCAUGUAAAACCAUGGAACUGCUUCACCAUCACUUACACUGGUCACGGAGCCGAUGUUUACGUCUUAUUCUGUCAGUACCAUCGUGUGCAUCACUCUUGUCACCUGUUGUUGUGUUGUUUUUAUUAUUAUUGUUACUAUUGUUGUCAUAUUGUGUUGGUUUUUUUUUUUUCUAUGGCCUGUGCAGCUUAUAACAACAUCUAUAAUUCCAUUUACAGCCAUCCAUACACAGAUGAUGUGCCUACGUUCCACUGGUACGGAAGUUGGUUUCACUCUUACAGACUGUUCUGAGCCAUAUUUUUUUGUUUCUCUGCGACCAUUUACCAUAGACGGCUAAACGCAACCAUAUUUAUCACUUUCAUAACAACAACAACUCCAAAUGCCUUUGACACGUCCUCAGACAAGCAGUGCUUACGUCUCUCCACCAACCACUGACGGCUGACGGAGUACGUGGUGUUAGUAGAAGCUUACGUUGUACAGACGACGCCGUGACAGACUGUAGGUCCGUUUGUUACCCACGAGAAAUAAAUCCAGAAGGAACAUUAAACCUGGACGUGCAUGGGAUUUCAUC